AUGUCCUUAGAUUUUAAAGAAAAAGCGUUCGAAGGUAUCACUGCAGAGAAACCGCCAUCCACACGAAGGCUGUCAACCCGACUGUCACACAAUGUCAAGGCUGCCACUGGACCUACUAUAGAACCAGCCCUUGAACCGAAACUCCCGACACCACCUGACGGAGGUCUCCAUGCGUGGCUAAAAGUGGUUGGUGGGUUUUUGAUCUACAUCAAUAUCUGGGGGUUCACCCUCACCUUUGGAGCAUUCCAAACAUACUACAAGCACGACUUCCUCUCGGACUCCAAUGCCUCAGCCAUCAGUUGGAUAGGCACAGUGCAGGCCUGGCUGCUCAUCUCAGUUGGCGUCCUUACUGGCCCACUAUUUGAUCUAGGAUACUUCCGUUCCAUGCUUUACCUUGGUAAUUUUUUAGUAGUGUUCGGCAUCAUGAUGCUCUCUUUGUGUAAAGAGUACUGGCAAGUUUUUCUCGCACAAGGUGUUUGUAUGGGAUUAGGAGCUGGAUUGCUGUAUAUCCCCAGUUUAGCGUUGGUUGGUAUUUGGUUCCAGCGAAAGCGUGCACUCGCUAUGGGAUUUGUGAUGAGUGGAAUUGCUGUUGGUGGAAUAAUUUACAUAUUAAUGUUCGACCGCCUCACCAAAUCCACCGGUUUCCCCUGGGCUAUCCGAGCAAUGGGCUUCAUAGCGCUCUUCGCUGCCCUCCUCUCCUUUCCUGCACUGCUCUCCGGCUCUAGCAUCCUCGCUCGACCCCGGAAAGCACGCCGUCUUUUCGAUAAAACAGCCCUCAAGGACAAACUCUUCAUCAUUUUUACUUUCUCGACCUUCUUCACUUUCCUCGGCUACAUUGUCCCGUAUUUCUACAUCCCAAGCUACGCGCAAGACAAACUUGGUACGUCGGGUAGCACUGCGCUAUACUCGCUAGUAGUCAGCGUUGCAGGGUCUUUCUUCGGUCGAUUGGGGUCUGGGGUACUUGCUCAUUACCUUGGGAGUACUGUUACGUGGAUUUUGUGCUCGCUCGCUAGAUUCUUCUCAGCAGGCCUCGUCACUCUCCCCUCCGCCGCCUUUGCAAACAUCUGCCCCGAUCUCUCGCUUCUCGGAACUCGCCUCGGUAUGUCCUGGGGUGUGUCGUCUAUUGCCUCUCUCAUCGGAGCACCUAUCGCGGGUGCUUUGAUCAAGACAAAGAAUGGUCAUACGGAUUUCAUUGGAGUGCAGGUUUGGAGUGGGACGUGCCUACUUCUUGGGACUUGUUGGUUAUUUGUAUUGUGGGUUAGUACAGUUAGGGUGCAGAAAUCGGGAUGGUGGAUAUGA